AUGACUGUGUCGCUCAAGGUCCAGGCCUCUCUGCUCCUGCACGAGACCUGUGGGAACCCCCGGUUCCGGGCUGCCGAGCGAGGGUCCGGACCUUUCGGCUCUCGACGACUAGUAAGGAUGCGCCCUGAGCGGUCAGCAUGCCUACAGGCCUGGUACCUCAUCCACGAGGGCCCGAGGAAUCUUGUGAAGGCCUUCUUUGCGUGCUUGCACAUGCGUGCCAAUGAGCGAGACCUGCCCAACGGCGUGCUCCCAGGACCUGCUGAUUCGACCGCCGACCAGCCAUCCCAAAGGGCUGGCUGGAUCUAG